AAUAAAUAAAAUUUUUAUAACCUCAAAAAUGAGUGAAGCUGCUAGUGAUGCAUAUGAUUACCUUUUUAAGAUCGUAAUGAUCGGUGAUUCCGGAGUAGGAAAAUCUAAUUUACUCUCGCGUUUUACCAAAAACGAAUUUAACUUGGAAUCCAAAUCAACUAUAGGGGUCGAAUUUGCCACUCGCACUAUUGAGGUUGAAGGCAAAGUCAUUAAAGCUCAAAUUUGGGACACUGCGGGGCAAGAGAGAUAUCGAGCGAUUACUAGUGCUUACUAUCGAGGCGCCGUUGGAGCCCUUCUUGUUUAUGAUAUCGCAAAAAGAGAAACUUUUGAAAAUAUAAGAAAGUGGCUUAAAGAACUGAAAAGCCACGCUGAGGAAAACAUUGUAGUGACGAUCGUGGGAAACAAGUCAGACCUGAGGCACUUGCGAGCUGUUACCACCGAUGAGGCCCACGAAUUUGCAGAAAAAGAAUCCCUCUCUUUUAUAGAAACUUCUGCUUUGGAUUCUUCUAAUGUUGAAACAGCUUUUAUAAAUAACUUGACGGAAACGUGCCGAAUGGUGACACAGAAGGCGCUUACCUCUAAAAGUAUUGACGAAGGUCCCUUGCAGACGGCCCCCGUUUUUGUUUCUUCUUCUUCCCAGGGAAACAAAAGCAGUUGUUGUUAGAAUAAAAGUCAAUGUGUUGUUA